AUGCCGUUAACGUUGUCGAAUAAAUGGAUUUCUCAGUUUUUCAGUGUGGCGUGUUCUCCUCAAAGAAUGGUGGAGACAUAUCAGUAUCUACCGGUAAGUCAAGUGACUAAAAUCACAGAGCGGGUAACAUUAUUGACAUUCUAACAAUCAGUAUCUUGAUAACAAUCCAGCCGGUUCUUUUACGGCAAUAGAGAGAUUAAGAGCCACGUUUACGGCAAAUUCUCAAAAUAGAAAAUGAGCAGAUAAAAACAGCUCACUGAAAAAAUUCUUAUGGAUAAAACUGGCAUUAAUCUCCUGAUUUCCGUGCAGUUAUAAUGAACAGUAAAUGACAUUUUAAGGGAAACCUUGGUCACAUGGUACAAAUUCUCGUUUGCCGUAAACGUGAUUCUAAAUUCCUUCUAAUGUCAGAGGUUGGUCGGUACAUGGAGAAAAAUUAACGUGAGAUAAAAAAGAUGCUAAUCUGCUACUAUUUUUCAGUCUACUGUAAACUAGUAGUCACGAAGCAGAAUCAGAAUCAGUGUAAUAUCCCAAUUGCCUUCACGCAUCCUAAUACAGUCAACUCUCUCAUAGCGACCACUUCUCGUAAGCGACCACUUUGAAAAUAACCUUUUUUGUUUCUCAGCCAAAUACCGAAUUCGAGUUCGAAUUUCUUAAACAAACCCGACCACAUUUUAAGCCAGAAAUUUAACUUGUCCUUUUGCUUUCUGUUUCCCAUAAGCGACUACCCGGCAUGAUCAUUUUUAACUUUAACUUUAACUUUAUUUGAUUUACCACAAAAUACAAAUAACGAUAAAACAAGACAGUUACACAAAAGCAAAUGAAAGUGGCGAGGAAGCCCAAACAGAAACCAUGAGGCUUAUAGACAUUGGGCUCCCUCAGAGUAAAAAUAAAGUUAACAGUAAUGGUAAGGCCAGGAUCGAAAGCAAAAUACAAUGAAGGUAAGUAUAAAUUAACUAAUUACAUAGACUGAGUUGACAAAAUAUAAGGUAUGGUACAAGUAACAAUAAGUAUAAAAAUAAUAUCAGACAUGGAAGAAAUAUAACUAAAUUUACUACAAGAUUUAUAACUAAUAAUUCAUAUAUAAUUUUUUUUCAAUUUCGUUUUGAAUAAGUGGAGAGAAUUAGAUUCUUUAAUAUCAUUUUCUAUAGUGUUAUAAUAAGUAGGUCCUUGGAAACUGACAGAAAAUUUACGAAGGUUUGUUCUACAAGAAGGAAGGUGAAAAUUGUUCGCGUGUCUAGUGGCAUAGCUAUGGACUUGUUUGUUUAAAGAAAAAUAAUUGUUGAACUUUGAAGGCAAAAGAGAAUGGUUAAGAGAAAACAUAAGUUUACCUAAUUCUAGCUGUCUAAUAUCGGAAAGUUUUAGUAGCUCUAAUUCUUUGAAAAUAGGGUCUGAAUGAGAAUCGAAAGUUGAUUUAGAAAUAAUUCUGAUAACUCGCUUUUGCAAAGAGACAAGACGGCGAAGAUUGGUUUUGUACGUAGAUCCCCAGACAAUAAUACAAUAAUGAAGAUAAGGAUAAACUAAACAAUAAUAAAGAGUUUUUAGACACGGUUUAGGUAGAAAAAAUCUUGCUCUAUUAAUGACACCUAUUGAUUUCGAGAUUUUACGAGCUACUUGAGAAAUGUGCGGUUUCCAAGACAGAUGUUCAUCAAGGACUACACCGAGGAAGACCGUUUCCUUAACCUGUUCGAUUCUCUGUUCGUUUAUGCAUACUUGCAUUGGAAAAUGAUACCUUUUCUGUCUAGGCUUAAAUAACAUAAAGUUUGUUUUCUUUAGGUUUAAGGAGAGUUUGUUUGCCUUGAACCAAGUGGAUAAUUUAUUAAGUUCGGAAUUGAGUGAGGCUGCCAGGUAGACAGGAUCUUUAUGGGACAUAAAUAAAUUAGUAUCAUCAGCGAAUAAAAUCAGCUCGACGAGCGACGAUACAUUAUUUAAAUCAUUAAUAUAGAGCAAGAAAAACAAGGGGCCCAAAAUAGAUCCCUGGGGGACACCACAGCAGAUAGUUUGAGGAGAGGAGCAUUGACCGUUAAAUUGAACGAAUUGCAACCUGUUGGAGAGGUAGCUUCUAACCCAGUCCAGAGCCACGCCACGUAUACCAUAGUGUUCGAGUUUGUCAAGCAGAAUAUUAUGAUCGACGGUAUCAAAGGCCUUAGAAAGAUCAAGGAAAACGCCAACGGCAUGUUCAUUGCGAUCAAGAGCAAGGGAGAUUUUUUCAUAUAGGUCAAUCAAUGCUAAAGAAGUUGAAUGAUUUUUCCUGAAGCCAAAUUGAUUAUCACAUAGAAUUUCUAGUUUACUUAAAUAAUUAUAAAGACGGUUAUAAACAACCUUUUCAAGAAACUUAGAAAAGCUAGGGAGAAUCGAGAUCGGUCUAUAGUUCGUAAAGAGUGAUCGAUCACCGCCUUUAAAGAGUGGUAUCACGCGAGCAAUUUUCAUAUGGUCGGGAACAAUGCCAUGAGAGAUAGAUAAAUUGAUUAUAUGAGCUAAAGGAACGGCUAUAAUUUGAAUU